UUGGACAUCAGACAGUGUGUAUAAAAGGAGAGAAGAUGGAGUCUGGCACAUGACUUUGUGAUGAUGGUAAAUUAUUGAGGCUGAUCCUCAAAAAUUGUACAAUACAAUUUAUAAUAUUAUGAAGAUAUUUAAAUUUUAAAUGACUUCCGCUAAAUGUCCGUGGCCCUCUUCAAAAGUGUCACUUGUAAAACUGCAUCAAUUAGUCCUGUGGUGUUUCCAUAUUAAUGAAAGAUUAAUUAACAGAAGAAUAGAUCUGCCUCUCUGGUAAAUGUGUGUUUUUUUUGUGUAAACUGAUUUAGUUUAACACAGUUUGUUUGACCUGUAAAAUAGAGAAAAACUCUUCCUUUUUUUGGUACAAUGUUGUCAUAAGUUAGCUCUGCAUUUGAAUAAAGUAGACUUGAAUCUGUUUUUCAGGUGACGUUGCUGAUUUGAGGCCUUUGUGAAACAUAUUGGAACAGUGCUGAAAAUGGAACCAGAGACUGACCCAGAAACCGAUGACUGCUUCGUCUUUAGCUCAGAUUCAAACUGCUUUCUGGAACCUUCUGUCCUUGACUCUAAUGAUCAGAACCGGUCUGAGUCUCUAGAAUCCCUUCAGUCAGGGGACUGGGAACUGAGUGAAAAUGCAGAGAAUGUUUCAGACUGUGAGUCAAUCACAGGGUCUCCCCCCGCUCCAGACCAAGACCUCGCUGACUGUGAGCUUUAUUCUGGGCAGAAAUCACAGAUGCAUUCCUCGUCCUCGUCUUCACCCCUUUGCUGCACUGCUGCGAUGACCCUGACCUUGACCCUGGACACGGGGGAGCCAGAACUGGGAGCCAGUAACUGGCAAAAGUUAGGGAGUGGGAACAGGAGUCCUGAAUCUUCAGAGGAAGGAGGGAGUGGAGAGGCACCUCCUGCUUCUGUCUUAUUUGAAAUUUCAGAGGCUGCUGAGCAGGCAGAGAAAAGGAACUCAGGGUCUGACACAGAUCUGUGCAGACCAGGCAGACCCAGGGAACGACACGCACGACUGUGUCACAGAGAGAGCCCGUCAGAGAGACGACUGAAGGAAACCAAGGCUAAAUGUAAGGAAAUUGCCCGGCUUCUCACUGAUGCACCCGAUCCUCAGAGCAAGGCGGCCUUGCUGUUUAAAAAGCGUUGCCAGAGGGUCAAGAAGUACACGCUCGUGAGUUACGGGACUGGUGAUAAGGUUGACAGCGAAGACCAAAUACAGGAGGAAACUGAAGAAGUCAGCUCAGCCAGAUAUAACUUUCUGGCAACGAGUGAUUCAGAGUCAGAGGAGGAGUAUUCUGUUCAUCACCAGCAGCAGAGUCUCAGUCUGACCUGGGGAAGUGUUGGAGAAAUGGAAGUGCUACCAGAAACAAGAGGGAAAGGAAUUUUCAUGUUUGCCCAGCGCCGAAAAAGGUUGGAUGACAUCGCGUCGGAGCAGGAAAAAAUGAGGAGUGAAGGAGUACCAGUUAUAGGUUAUACAUGUACUAGAGCUCAGAAUAUGUAUCACUCCAGUGCUAAUCAGCUCAACCAUGUGGGUGCAGGUCACAGGCAGCAGAACUACAGGGAUGAUAUUGGACUGACGCCAAUGUCUCCAAAACCCUUUGUACCAAACAGAACUGCAAAGCCUUUCCAAGGAAUUCAAAGGGCCCAAACUUCACCUGUCAUUAGUGCUGUUAGUCCUGCCAUAAGGAGGAACGAACCAAGGUUCAAAGCACCCGCGCCCCCUGUCCCUAGUCCACACGUUUGGUCUCCAACUGGAGACAUUAUUGCUUCAAGAGACGAGCGGAUAUGUGUGCCAGCGAUCAAAGCCGGCAUCUUACCAGAGUCCCGAAGGAGACCGGCUAAACAGUCAUCAGCAAGAGUGUCAGGCUCCCAUCCUCAAGGCCAAGGGGACAGGAAGUCUUACAUCGAGUCAGAGGAGGACUGUUUCAGUCUCGGAGCAGAGGCUUGUAACUUCAUGCAACCGAGAACAGUUAAACUCAAGAAUCCACCUCCAGUUGCCCCCAAACCUACAAUUGAUCCAUCCAGUGUUCCCUGGUUGAGGAGGAGUCCCACUGUUGAGCCACCUCUUGCACCAAAAAGUCCAAUUUCACGAUUGUCUCACAGUUCAGGGGGGGCUCACAGCCAGCAGCAGGAUAGGGGCCAAUCACAACAGGUAGCCAACCGUUGGGAACCAAUCCAGACCACUGCUACUACCUGGGCUCCAGUCAACGCCUCUUCUCAGCGCCACCUUCAUUUGACUUCAACUGGCUUCAACCAGCAGCUGCCUCGAUCCCCAGUGAGUACACAGGCCCAGAGUUCAGAUUACAGACCCCAUCAGCCACCGGCAUCCUCAGGACUGAAGGCCUACAGCCUCCCGACCUCGGUCGCUUCUUGUCCCCCACAAACAGCGAAGCCACAUAUCCAGCCAUCAGCAGCACUGCAUACCUCCCCAAAGUUCCAAGCCUCAAACAGAGGUGUGAAUGAGCCCGGCGAUGGUUCCACCAUGACGGGGAAAGGUGCAGAGCUGUUUGCUAAAAGACAAUCUCGAAUGGAAAAGUUUGUUGUGGAUGAAGAAACGGUGCAAGCCAAUCAGAGAAGAUCCCCCUCCCCAACCUUCUCCCUUCCCAACUCCUGGAGGUAUUCCUCCAUCGUACGUGCCCCUCCUCCUUUAUCGUACAACCCACUCCUUUCUCCUUUUUACCACCCUUCAGCAGCCAAACAAUCUCCUCCCACAAUCACCAAAAUCGCCCCUAAGACUAAAGAGAAACCCAAAGCACCACAAAAGCACUUGAACACCUUAGAUAUUGUCAAACACCAACCUCAUCACUUAGACUCAUCACUGUUCACGUGUGACGCAGUCCCUGAGGUCAAAACCCCCAGCCCCAAACCAGUGUUGAAAUUUGAGGCGACCAAAACCCUUAAACAAAAAACCACCUCCUCCCAUUCUCCCUAUUAUACCCCUGGGCCCGUGGCUCAGGUCAGGGCUGAAGCCCCGGCCAAGUCUCCCGUACCGGGAUUUAAGCCCAGCUACUCCCGGAGUCUUCCCCGUCGUAUGAAUUCUAUGACUUGGUCAACAGUGAGCUCAGUUGGAGCCCAGGCUUCGUUUGUGCCCACACGGAGGCGAACGUCGGUUCAAGAACACGUCUCUAAGCCACUGUCUCCGUGGGAGGCAGCGUCCAGGAGCCCCAUUGGUUCAGUGGAGGAGGCGUUUGUUUUUCAGAGCCUGCCGUCAUCUGUGAUCUCUCAUGUCAAAGCUGCGGAGAAGCUCAAAUCUCUGCCAGAGCCUCCAGAUGAGUGGAGGCGCAGAGUGUCUCUUGAUCCCGCAGCUGUCGGUACGAGUCCUUACUGUGCACUCCCUGCUUUUCAGGCUCCGUCUCUGAGCAGGACGUUUGCACCUGAGACACCACCAGCCUUCUAUGGGCCUCCCUUUAAACCUGCCCAGCCCCUGAGGCCUCCCAGCAGGGCGGGCAGCCUUGGAUACAUGGGUCCAGGUCCAGGUCUGACACAGUACUGUCACAUCUACAGAAGUUAAAUCCAUAGCACCAAAAAAAUGAAAACCAAAGCCUUAUGAAAGGGGGAAAAAAAACAAUCGAAAGGUGUGUGUU